ACUCCUGAAAUGCAACGAAUCUUCUUCGAUGACCAACACAGGAUGUCAAGCGGAACCAUAAUGUACGAAGACUACCCGAAUGUUGCACCAUUUCUAGCUGUGGAAAACUUUGUAUCUUUUCCGGUUUAUUCACCUACAUUUUGUUUUUCUACAUCUGCGAUUGAUAAUAUUAUGUUCAUGCAGAAGAUCAAGACAAUACUGGCUCGUCUGGAUGAUCUGAUUUCGCGGAACAAACUGCAUGAACAUCCUUGUCUGAUUUCUCAAGCAGGUGCACAGGCCACAAUGCGUCUUGCAUCAAAAUUCAAACUUCGUAGUGAUUGGGGUGCAGCUGUCGAAAUGCCUUUUUGCUUACAUGUCACGGAGAAUGGAUCAUGUCCUCGAACGUAUGAUUAUGAUGACUUGUAUCAACAGGUUCAAUGGCUGAUGAUUCUCGAAGAAGUCAUCUUACCACUAGAUAACAUGGAAGAUAAUGAACUUUCUACGAUUGCUCCUCAUCAACACAGUACAAUUGUUAAAAACGCGAUUAUGAAAUCGAAAAGAGAACAAAGAACUAAACAAUACUCAAAAUCUAUCUCGGCAACGACUUCUUCAAGUAGCCGUGAUGGCUCUUUGUAA